AUGGAUGCACACGACUUGAUUGAAUCCCUCAUCAGAGCAUUCAUGUUUCUGGCAGGGAUCCUGGGAAACAACUGGCUGGCUAUACGCUCCCUGCCCGGGUGGAAAUCUGGCAUACGCACCAACGAGGUCCUUUUCAUCAACCUUGCUGUCUCCAACCUCAUCACCAACUACCUGGUGGACCUGCCCGACGCCAUGGCAGAUUUCGCUGGACGUUGGUUCCUGGGGGAAACCUUCUGUGGCGUGUUUCGUUUCUGUGCUGACCUAUCUGAAACCAGCAGCAUCUACACAACCUUCUUCAUCAGUGCUUUCUGGCACCAGAAGCUUGUCGGCUCCCUGAAACGAGGAGGUGCACCGGUGCGGCUGGAUAGCCUGCGCUUGGUGGGUUGUCUGUUGGCUGGGAACUGGAUGGUGGCUGUGGUUUUCAGUAUCCCACACUUCUUCUUUGUCACAGUGGAAGGGGGAAAUGAGAGCUACGAUGACUGUGUAGAAGUCUUCCCCAACGCAGUCGCCAGGAAAACCUAUGAGAUCUUUUAUUUAACCCUGGCUAACGCUCUCCCUGUUGCUGGGAUUGUAUUUGCCAGUGUCCAGAUUGUCAUCACUCUGCUCCAAAACCAGCAACGCAUAAACAGUCAUAAUACUGACACUACCAAGGAGAUGGUUAAGGAUGAAAACAAGAGCACUGAAAACAGAAAUGAUAAGUCAGUCAGUGCUGUUAAUGGUCCAGACCCCUCAAAAGAUCAGAAAGAUUCUGCAUCCCCAGCCCCUGUUUAUAUAGGUGUGCCUGCGUCUUCCUGUCCAAACGGAGAGCUGCUGGGUCACGGCUCCAACAGCUCUCCCCUCAACAGGGAAACGAACACAGACAGCAGAGUUGGAGCUCCACCAAAUCUUUCAAGGCCCAGCCAGAUGCCAGCUAAGCCGAGUCCGGGCUCAAGCUCUCAGGUGAGGGCAGCCAAGAGCGUGGUGGCUGUAGCCAGCGUGUUCCUGGUCUGCUGGCUGACUCAUCUGCUUCUGCGCAUCACUAACAACAUCCACACCUCGCCGAUAGUGGUGGAGGUGGCCAGCUAUAUCGCAGCCUCCUACACCAGCAUCAUCCCCUACAUAUUCCUGUACGGAGUGAAAAAGCUUUCUUGCCCGUGCAAAAGAUAG